AUGCCUGCCCGGACGCUCCCAGUUUUCACCGCGGAGGAGGUCAAGCAACAUGCCUCUGCGAAGUCUUGCUUCGUCCUGCGCGGAUCGAAGGUCUACGAUGUCACCUCCUUUGUCGAUGACCAUCCCGGUGGCGGCGAUCUGAUACUCGACUAUGCCGGACGGGACGUUGGGGAGAUCAUGGACGACAUAGUCUCACAUCACCACAGCGAGGCGGCAUACGAUAUCCUGGACGAGUGCCUUGUCGGUUUUCUCGAAGAAAUGCACAUCAAUGGAUCGAAGGGUGCCAUCAAUGGUUCGAACGCUAAAUCCACCAAGCCAGUCUACAAGUCUACUGGCCUCUCCAGUGAGGAAGACCUUAGUGUGGAAACAGACAUUGCGUCUGAUUACAAAACACACAAGUUCCUUGACCUAAGUAAACCGCUGCUGAUGCAGCUAUGGAACGGAGGCUUCUCCAAGGAAUUCUACCUCGAUCAAGUACACCGCCCACGGCAUUACAUGGGCGGAGACUCCGCUCCUCUGUUCGGAAACUUCCUAGAACCGCUUAGCAAGACUGCCUGGUGGGUUGUGCCGACCUUGUGGUUGCCAUGUGUUGUAUAUGGGGUUUUCCUGGGUAUGAGUGGCAUUAGAGUCGAUAUCGGUGCCAUGUACUGGCUAGGAGGAGUUUUUCUUUGGUCGCUGAUUGAAUACGGCAUGCAUCGAUGUCUCUUCCACAUUGACGACUACCUUCCAGACAACCGAGUGUUUCUGUGCCUUCAUUUUCUACUCCAUGGUAUCCAUCACUAUCUUCCCAUGGACAAAUAUCGCCUCGUCAUGCCACCCACCCUAUUUGUUGUCCUCGCCACCCCAUAUUGGAAGCUCUCACACUUCAUCUUCUCAUAUAACUGGUAUGCCGCUACCUUGGUGUUCUCCGGCGGCGUAUUUGGGUAUAUCUGCUAUGACCUAACUCACUACUUCCUGCAUCACCGAAAUCUCCCGUAUUACUACAAGGAACUAAAAAAAUACCACCUGCAGCACCACUUUGCCGACUACGAGAAUGGAUUCGGCGUCACCAGCCGGCUCUGGGAUAAGGUGUUUGGCACUGAGCUCCCGCCUCUCGGUCCGGCAAAGGUCGAAUAG